GUUAUAUGACUACAUACUGUGCAUACCCGACAUGGUCGAGUGUAUCGUUGAGUCUCGAUGGGGGCUCGCCAUGUUUUUCUAUCUAGCCUGCAGUCACUUGCCCUUUGCCUUCGUGUCAAUGAAUAUGCUCGCGGUUUUACAGCCUGAUGCCCCAUACCCUCUUUGCCGCUCUUACGAAAUCGCCAAUAUCUGGGUUCUAUCGACGUUAUUCGUUGAGUGUAUUUUCUUACUUAGAGCAUAUGCAGUAUGGGGACGGAAGACGUGGAUCGCCAUAUUCUCGAUUAUCAGCGUCAUUGCCUAUUUAGUACCAAUUUUCAUUUACUUCAGGGAAUUUUGGUCAGUCUCUGGGGAAUGCUGGAUUCCUGGCGCUUUCGGAUACCAGGAUGCGAAUAGUAAGAGUAUGUAUGUGGUUUUCGGCCUACUGGCUGUUGGUGAGCUACAAGUAUUGAUUAUGCUGCUCUAUGGCGCCAUCAAGGGUCAUGAUAGUUGGAAAAUCGACAAUCGUCUCGUGCGUGGUCUCUUGCAACAAAAUCUAUUGUAUUUCAGCUGCAGCCUUGUUUUGACUCUCAGUGUCAUCCUCGCGACUUUUUUUUUUCCGUUUCCAUUUGCACACGUGGUGGCAGAAUACCAAGCCGUUCUGCAACCCCUUUUAGUCACGCGAAUGCACAGGAACUUUCAAAGGUCGGACCGCGCUUCUUGUGGCAUACAGACAGACAUGUCUUUCACAACGUGGACAGAAGGAGUCUCAGAUAUCAUAUGACAAGACAAUGCCAUGUGCCAACCAUAAAUUAUGUGACCAUUGCGCAGUCAUGCAGGCGUAGCUAAGAAAUGGAUGACGGAACUUGACUGGAAAUCAACCCGUCGAGCACGGGCUACCUAUACUUUUUCUCUAUUCUCCAUUUGACUAUUUAUAUAUUUAUUUCGUUCCGGUUACUUUCAUAUCGAUAGACUAGAUUUCUUUUUUUUGCGUCUCAUCACUUCUAUUUAAUUGCAGAGUUGGACAAGCACCAACUCUUCGAACAGAACAAGGGCGGAAUGCCUCCAGGAUGGCAAAGGACUGAGGAGUUCGCUGCUUCCGACAACCUCCCUCAGCUCACGACUAUGGCAUAUUUUUUGAUACAUUGUAUAGUUUUGUAUACAAGAUUACAAUCACAAUAACUAUCCACU